AUGGACACCCAACUGAGUGUAGUACUGCGCCAGAACGAUCUCCUUAUCAACACCAGUCUGCACCAAGACGACUUGGACUACGUAGCAGCAUCAAAGGCGGGACUCGCCAAACCAAAAGCGGUCUCGUACGAAGCGUUCGAACGACUCGCGAGGUCUCAAUGGAACAUGAUGUCGGCGAUCCGACAUGUAGCCGCUCCACGACCUCAGGCGAUGGCGGGCACCGCAACAAAUCCGAACUCCUACCGGGCUUCUGCCGCCACGACCGCCGGCACCAGCCGCACGCCGAACAAGCUCACCGACGCGAUGAAGGACUACUUGCGACGCAACAACGGAUGCUUCAGCUGCCGCCGAAUCAAUGUCGACCACUUCUCGCGAACCUGCACGGCCGAAUGGCACUCGGCGCCGGAUGUUCCCGAAGGCUGGGCCGAACAGGAGAAGAAAAAGACGAACGCAGGCCCGAAGCUCUCAAUCAAAUGGCCGAUCGCGACGAUGACGACUUCUCGACAGACGAAGAAAACAAGUACGCUCCUCGAUUCCUCUCAACGAUUCCCAUGGUUCUGCACAAUGACAAAGGCUCACGUUCGAGGCAGGCCCGGACCUGUCAGUCAAGCCCAGUAA